GUCUUUUAAGCUGUAAACUUAUUGCGGCCCAAGCCACUUAGCCUGUGAACAGCCGCCAAAGGUAGGAGGCCAUUUUGGUUUCGUGAACGAAGGUCCCAGUGGUAGUACACUUAUCACAGUAGUCUGCUGCCGCUGAACGCUGCUAUGGGCAGGCAGACGACGCGUCUCCUGCAGGGGCUGCUACUUUCGAUAGGUGUCGCUGUAACAUUAGCGAUACCUCUCCAGCCCCUUGGACCUUUGAAGAAUGAAGUUAACGUAAGAUCGAAACGCUACGUGCCUGGGUGUCCGCCAUCUGGAUGCAGGCAACAAGAUUAUGACCCAUGUGCCAAGCCAUCGUGUAAGAAUGGCGGCCAAUGUGCCAAGUUGUACGACAGGGACGGCUACAUCGCUGGCUUCAGGUGUGCCUGUACCUGUGGGUUCUAUGGCACAUACUGUGAGAAGGGCGACGCUGAGGGGUGCGUUGUAGGAGAACAAUUCGGGGAGUUCAACUGCCGCACCAACUCGCAAUUAAGCUUGUCUUGCGGCAAGGCGCAGGUGCGUGUCAGGCGUUUCUGCAACUACGCUAAUGACCCGUUCUGUGCCGUUACGGACUCUAACUUGGAGUACUUCACGUACGCGGCCAAGUCUCAUUGUGACGGUCUGCCGAGCUGUACUGUCAACAUGACAGACGUCUGCUCCUUCAGCAAGUCUCCAAACACGAGGUUUGCCUACCAGUGUUGUCCAUCUGAAGAGAUACCCGAUCCACCUUGUAGGAACAACCCAUGCGCCAAUGGCAAAUGUGUGCCACAGGGUGACAGCUUCCGGUGCGUGUGUGACGAGAACUGGACCGGUGAACGAUGUGAUCAAAGACCAAUAUGCAUACAAAAACUGGACUGCAAGAACGGAGGUACAUGCGUGGCCGGCCGAUCUGGCUCAAUGUGCGCAUGCCCAGAAAGGUACUUUGGAUCUACGUGUCAAAUAGAUUUGAACGCAGACAAGGUGGACAUAACAAUCUCACAGGAAUCCGGAGCCAAGUGCGGCGCCUGCUGCUCCUCGCCCUGCCAAAAUGGCGGCACGUGUCAGCAAACGGGUGCCAGCAAUGGCAACGGGUUUAUCUGUCAGUGCAAGGAGCCGUUCAGUGGCCGCUUGUGUCAAGAAUACAAAGGAUGUGACUCCAGCUUCUGUCAAAACGGAGGAACAUGUGCACAAAAGUCAGACGGAAGCAAAGUUUGCAUUUGCCCCGCUAACUUUUUCGGGCUUUUCUGCCAAAUAGAUAUGCGAGUUCACAUCACGGCGUGUUUACCGAACCCCUGUAUGUACGGGGGCGUGUGUACGCCCGCCAGCGACCAGGCCGGGGGAUACACGUGUUCAUGUCGGUCCUACCUCACUGGAAAGAACUGUGAAACAUCAUUGGCGUGCAACCCGAACCCAUGCAGGAAUGAUGGCACAUGUGUAGUCAGGGAAUCGGACGGCUUCUCACAGUGCAACUGCAGAAGUGGAUUUUUGGGAAGACUAUGUGAUUUAGAUUUGGUCCUGAUUAUCGAGUUGGCCGGAAUCCCAGGAAUCCCAGGAAUGCCUGGACCGAGGGGAGACACAGGACCAACAGGACCUCGAGGAGUUACAGGAGAUAGCGGUAGAGGGCCUACUGGACCAAGAGGAGACCCAGGCAGACGUGGCAAUGACGGGCCCACCGGUCCUAGAGGAACUAAGGGCUCAACUGGUCCAGCAGGCCCAGCAGGUCCAGCUGGUCCAGCCGGCGCUGCUGGCAGAGACGGUCCCAAAGGCGACACCGGCCCUGCAGGAAGACCGGGCUCUGCUGGCCCUACCGGACCAAGAGGUCCAGCUGGAAGGAACGGCCGUGACGGUUCAGACGGUGCCACAGGACCUCGAGGUGCUGCCGGUGCCGCUGGUAAAGACGGAAGAGACGGUUCUCCCGGAGCAGCAGGACCUGCUGGACCUCGAGGACCGGCCGGCGCUAGAGGGCCUGCGGGUGCAAGAGGACCCGCUGGAGCCGCUGGAAGAGCAGGUUCUGACGGGGCGAGAGGUAGAGAUGGCUCCCCAGGAGCCAGAGGCCCUGCAGGACCUAGAGGCCCCGCUGGUGGCCCAGGACCCAGAGGACCCGCCGGAAGAGAUGGCUCCCCAGGAGCACGUGGUCCAGCAGGAGCCACCGGUCCUAGGGGUGCUGCAGGAGCCAACGGUAGAGCUGGUUCAGACGGAGCACGGGGUCCAGCUGGGCCUACAGGUCCCAGAGGACCGGCAGGCGCAGCAGGUCCGACAGGUCCACGUGGUCCCGCGGGUGCUGACGGCAGACCAGGAUCAGCAGGUGCCAAGGGUGACGCAGGACCUCGCGGACCAGCCGGUCCAGCCGGUCCUGCAGGAGCUGCUGGGAGACCAGGAAGCGAUGGAGCGCCGGGCCCCAGGGGUCCGGCAGGUCAGGACGGAGCCCGGGGUCCCCCAGGAGACAGAGGUCCGGCCGGCUCUGCUGGAAGAGCUGGUUCAGCCGGCGCUAAGGGAGACCCCGGACCUCGAGGAGCUACAGGAAGAGCAGGAUCUCCUGGUCCAGCUGGACCUCGAGGUCCCACUGGCGUUGCAGGUGACCGUGGCCCGGCAGGUGCGACAGGAGCAGCAGGUCAGAGAGGACCCGCGGGAGACGCUGGCCCAGGUGGUCGACCAGGUGCCACUGGACCCGCAGGAGCGAGAGGCCCAGCUGGUAAAGAUGGCGCCACAGGUCAGGCCGGUGCAAGAGGCGCCGCAGGCCGUGCUGGCCCCACAGGACCACGUGGUCCAACAGGUGCUGACGGCAGGGCAGGCCCAGCUGGUGCCGCCGGAUCUCCCGGACCUAGGGGCCCAGCAGGACCCACGGGACCCCGGGGCAGAGAUGGCGCUAACGGCAGAGACGGUGCUCCAGGUGCUCGAGGUCCCGCAGGUCCGGCAGGCAGUCCCGGCGCCACUGGUGCCCGUGGACCAGCAGGAACAAAUGGCGCACCAGGUGCGACAGGACCAGCAGGCCCGGCAGGUGCUCGUGGCCCUGCAGGUUCCCGUGGCCCAGCAGGACGUAACGGACGUGACGGUGCCCCAGGGGCAACUGGCCCAGCAGGUCCGAAAGGAUCACCUGGUGCUAGAGGUGCGGCCGGUCGUCCCGGUGCCACUGGACCUCGUGGUAACGAUGGUGCCCAAGGACCCGCAGGUCCCAGAGGACCAGCGGGCAGCAGAGGACCAGCAGGUGCCGCUGGAGCUAGAGGACCAGCCGGUCCAGCAGGUCCGAAGGGUGACCGUGGAGCCGCUGGAAGUGCUGGCGCCAGAGGAAGUGCAGGACCCACUGGACCACGAGGUAACGACGGUGCUCGAGGCCCUGCCGGAGCAACAGGCGCUUCAGGUCCUAGAGGAGCCAACGGAGCGAGAGGACCAGCUGGAGCCGCCGGCCCACCAGGACCAGCAGGUUCCCGUGGAGCCCCAGGAGCUACAGGCCCAGCGGGAGCCAGAGGAAAUGCCGGACCUGCAGGUCCAGCAGGUGCAACUGGACCCCGAGGUCCCGCCGGACGCCCAGGUAACGACGGCAGCCGAGGACCAGCAGGAAGUCCCGGCCCAGCAGGUCCAGCAGGUCCUAGAGGUGCUGACGGAGCUAAUGGAGCACGUGGUCCAGCAGGCCCAGCAGGUCCAGCUGGCCCGGCAGGUGCUGCAGGAAGAAAUGGUGCCACUGGCCCAAGAGGAGCUGACGGAGCUCCAGGUGCCCGUGGUGCACAGGGAGCAACAGGACCCGCGGGUCCAGCUGGUCCUGCUGGCGCAACCGGUGCCAGAGGACCAGCAGGGGCUAACGGUGCAGCAGGAGCAGCUGGCGCAAGAGGUCCAGCGGGCAGCGCAGGCAGACCUGGACGGGACGGAUCAGAUGGACGACCAGGUGCCACAGGCCCCACUGGCCCAAGAGGUCCAGCAGGUCCUGCAGGUCCAGCAGGACCAAGAGGACCCCAAGGUCCGACAGGUCCAGCCGGUGCCAGAGGAGCGGCAGGUCCUGCAGGUCCUAGAGGUGCGGCUGGUGCCGCUGGUAGUGCAGGCAGACCAGGUGCCACUGGUGCUAGAGGACCCGCCGGAGCAAGAGGACCAGCAGGUGCUACUGGCCCAGCCGGCCCUGCAGGUAGUAGAGGAGCCAAUGGAGCCCCAGGAGCACGUGGACCAGCAGGUGACAGAGGUCCAGCAGGACCCGCAGGUCCUCGUGGUCCAGCCGGAGCUAGAGGAAAUGACGGACGACCAGGUGCUCGUGGAAAUGACGGACCUGCCGGUCCAAGAGGUUCCGCAGGAGCAACUGGUGCUAGGGGACCAGCUGGGGCUCGUGGCCCAGCAGGUGCAACUGGCGCCCGCGGACCAGCAGGUGCUCCUGGAGCUACAGGAGCCAGAGGAAGCGAUGGAACUGAUGGACGUCCAGGUGCAAGAGGACCAGCAGGACCCCAGGGAGACCGUGGUGCGGCAGGAAGAACGGGUUCUGCUGGACCACCAGGACCCACAGGACCCCGGGGUGCAAACGGUGCCCAGGGAGCGCGAGGCCCAGCAGGUGCGGCUGGCGCUCGAGGUCCAGCUGGCGGACCAGGUCCACGUGGACCACAAGGUGACAAGGGAGACCGCGGUACUCCAGGCAGAGACGGCGCACCAGGAGCGCCAGGUCCAAGGGGAGCUGCAGGUGCAAACGGCAGAGCAGGUGCUCAGGGAGAUAGAGGACCAGCUGGACCAGCAGGUCCACGAGGGCCAGCAGGUGCACGAGGACCCGCAGGCGCAAGAGGGCCAGCAGGACCAGCUGGACCAGCAGGCGCUGCUGGAAGUGACGGCAGACCAGGAAGCGCAGGUGCCAGAGGACCAGCUGGUGCCACAGGUCCAGCUGGCCCAGCUGGUCCUGCUGGAGCAAGAGGACCCGCAGGAGGACAAGGUCCUACAGGGCCCAGAGGACCAGCAGGGGCACGAGGAGCAGCAGGAGCCAGAGGAUCGCCAGGUGCAACAGGAGCCCGUGGACCAGCGGGAGCAGCAGGAGCAGCAGGUGCUCGAGGUGCCGCUGGACCAGCUGGAGCAGCAGGUCCAAGAGGGCCCGCUGGAGCUAGGGGCGCUGACGGAAGUGCUGGUGCUAGAGGUCCUGCCGGACCCGCUGGACCAGCUGGACCAAAAGGAGAUGCAGGCCCAAGGGGACCUGCAGGUGCUAGAGGACCAGCAGGUCCCGCCGGAGCUCGUGGUGCAGCAGGCAGACCUGGCUCAGCAGGUGCAGCAGGAGCAAGAGGACCUGCAGGAGCUCGAGGUCCAGCUGGAGCUGCUGGUAGAGAUGGCCGUGAUGGUGCCACAGGUCCAGCAGGGCCUGCUGGUGCAAGAGGUGCAACUGGUCCAGCAGGCGCUAGAGGGCCAGCAGGAGCUGGAAGGCCAGGGGCAACUGGUCCAACUGGUGCCCGUGGUAGAGAUGGUUCUGACGGAGCUAGAGGACCGGCCGGUGCCAGAGGGCCAGCAGGAGCAGCAGGUGCCCCAGGCAAAGACGGUGCCCCAGGAGCCAAAGGAGACAGAGGUCCAGCAGGUGCCCGAGGUCCAGCAGGCCAAGCAGGCGCAAGAGGUCCAGCAGGAACAGCAGGCGCGAGGGGCCCAGCAGGUCCUGCUGGGCCGGCCGGUCCAGCUGGAAGAAACGGCGCUACUGGCGCUAGAGGCAGCGACGGUACAGACGGAAGACCAGGCGCCACAGGUCCAAGAGGACCGACAGGACCUGCAGGUCCGAGAGGUCCGGCGGGAUCAGGCGCUCCAGGAAGACCCGGUGCAACUGGACCAAGAGGUCCAGCAGGUCCGGCUGGUGCCAGAGGCGCCGCAGGACCCAGAGGUGCAGACGGUGCAAGAGGUCCCCCUGGACCAGCAGGCGCAGCUGGAGCUCGUGGAGCCGCUGGUCGUGACGGCAGACCAGGCGCUACAGGUCCCGCAGGCCCGGCUGGUGCCGCAGGACCAGCUGGCGCCAGAGGACCUGCCGGACCAGCAGGAGCAAGAGGUGCUGCUGGUAGCCCAGGAGUCGGUCGACCAGGUGCGACCGGUCCAGCUGGUGCACGUGGCCCAGCAGGUGCGGCAGGAAGACCAGGAAGUGACGGAGCUAGAGGACCAGCUGGUCCCGCCGGACCUCGUGGUCCUGCAGGUGCCGAUGGUCGCAAUGGUAGAGAUGGCGCUACUGGCCCCGCUGGUCCUACAGGUGCAACAGGCAGCGGCCGUGUUGUAGUAGGACCCACUGGUCCUAAAGGAGCACAAGGUCCGACAGGUGCCCGUGGUCCAGCAGGCGCCGCUGGGGCAAGAGGUCCCGCUGGCGCUAGGGGCCCCGCAGGACGUGACGGAGCCGACGGUAGACCGGGUGCCGCCGGACCACGAGGUCCCGCCGGUGCAAGAGGCAAUGACGGCGCCCGAGGUCCCGCCGGUCCGGCUGGUCCCGCUGGACGAGCUGGAACUGACGGUCGACCAGGAGCAGCUGGCCCCACUGGCCCACAAGGACCGAGAGGUCCUGCAGGAGACUCGGAGGGCGUGACGGCCCAACAGGCCCCAGGGGACCCGCAGGUAGACCGGGCAGUAAUGGCGCUCCUGGUGCAAGAGGACCAGCAGGUGCCAGAGGAGACGCAGGACCUAAAGGUAACCAAGGUCCCACCGGUCCAGCAGGUCCACGAGGAUCUGGACCAGCAGGCCCCCGAGGCCCAGCUGGCGCACGUGGUCCUGCCGGAAAUCCUGGACCUAGAGGACCAGCUGGUGCUGCAGGCAGGGAUGGUGCUGAUGGCCGCCCGGGUGCGACAGGCCCCAGGGGUCCAGCCGGAGCUGCUGGCAGGUGCUGCUGGUAGCCCAGGAGUCGGUCGACCAGGUGCGACCGGUCCAGCUGGUGCACGUGGCCCAGCAGGUGCGGCAGGAAGACCAGGAAGUGACGGAGCUAGAGGACCAGCUGGUCCCGCCGGACCUCGUGGUCCUGCAGGUGCCGAUGGUCGCAAUGGUAGAGAUGGCGCUACUGGCCCCGCUGGUCCUACAGGUCCAACAGGCAGCGGCCGUGUUGUAGUAGGACCCACUGGUCCUAAAGGAGCACAAGGUCCGACAGGUGCCCGUGGUCCAGCAGGCGCCGCUGGGGCAAGAGGUCCCGCUGGCGCUAGGGGGCCCGCAGGACGUGACGGAGCCGACGGUAGACCGGGUGCCGCCGGACCGCGAGGUCCCGCCGGUGCAAGAGGCAAUGACGGCGCCCGAGGUCCCGCCGGUCCGGCUGGUCCCGCUGGACGAGCUGGAACUGACGGUCGACCAGGAGCAGCUGGCCCCACUGGCCCACAAGGACCGAGAGGUCCUGCAGGAGACUCAGGUAGAGGGCGUGACGGCCCAACAGGCCCCAGGGGACCCGCAGGUAGACCAGGCAGUAAUGGCGCUCCUGGUGCAAGAGGACCAGCAGGUGCCAGAGGAGACGCAGGACCUAAAGGUAACCAAGGUCCCACCGGUCCAGCAGGUCCACGAGGAUCUGGACCAGCAGGCCCCCGAGGCCCAGCUGGCGCACGUGGUCCUGCCGGAAAUCCUGGACCUAGAGGACCAGCUGGUGCUGCAGGCAGGGAUGGUGCUGAUGGCCGCCCGGGUGCGACAGGCCCCAGGGGUCCAGCCGGAGCUGCUGGCGUAGGAAGCGUAGGUCCAACCGGACCGCAAGGACCAGCUGGUGCCAAGGGUAACGCAGGCGCUGACGGACCUAGAGGUCCAGCAGGACCAAGAGGUGCUAGGGGCCCAGCUGGACCGGCUGGACCAGCGGGUCCACGAGGAAACACUGGACCAAGAGGACCACAAGGUAGAACUGGAGAAUCUGGCAGAGGACCGGCAGGCCCAGCUGGACCUAAGGGAGAUCCAGGUCCGAGAGGUCCUGCCGGAAGUGGAGUGGGCCCAGCCGGACCUAAGGGAGACACAGGUCCACAAGGUCGUCCUGGAGCAGGAGGUCGAGGACCACCUGGCGCUACAGGUCCUGCCGGGGACAGAGGACCAGCAGGUGCCCGUGGACCAGCAGGAGCACGAGGUCCUGCUGGGGGACCAGGUCCGAGAGGUCCAGCAGGCCCAGCAGGUGCAGCAGGACCGGGUGGUCCUAGAGGUCCACAAGGACCCACGGGUCCAGCAGGCAGGUCAGGUGGAGCCACUGGUCCAGCUGGUCCACAAGGCCCUACCGGUCCAACAGGUCCAGCCGGCGCAGACGGUUCUGGUAUGGGCGGCCAAUUUAAUGUCACGGUCGGCCCGUACCCCAUGUGCUACCCCUGUGGGCCGUUUUACUCCAUGGCUAUGAAAUGUCUACCUUGUGGCGGAGGCGGCCCAUUCCCGUGCGCUGGUGGACGAUGCGGAAGCUUCGGCUAUAUUCCCAAGAACCUCCCUGGAGUGUCUGGAAACCAAGGACCACAGCCACUAAACCCAAAUCCAUUUCCAGCAGUAGGCUCAAAUAGCAGGACCUGAUAACGGCUUGUCGUGAUUGUGAAAAGACUUUAUUACGGCAAUGAAUCGAACUCUUUUGUGAAGUUGAGAAACCACUCACUACCGCAUGCUUGCUGCUUUGAAUGCGAAUAAUUUAAAAGAUAGAUAAAAAAGGUUUUGAUUUCUACGAGUAUUAAUCAAAUGUAAAUGUUUUAAAUCAAAUCUUCGGGAGUAGAUGGUUUAGUAAUUAAUACGAUAUCUAUAAGGUAGGGAUUUUUUUCAAAGACGUCAGUCUUAAAACUGUACAGUACUUAUCAAAAGUUAAGCUCAUCAAAGACGCUGAUGUAUAUUUUGUGAUGUCUUAUGUUACAUAUCAUGUGAAUGUACGUUGUAUUUAUACAAUAAAACAAAUAUGGCCCACUGGUGAGUUGU